CAACCCUUAAUUUUCAGGGUUGGACUUUUCUUAACCCUAGCCCCUUCAGGGUUGUAAGUUUCUGAACACUUGGGAUUUCAGGGAUUGCCAUGAGGAUUCAUCAUCAGUUGGUGGAUACAUCUGCAUGGUGGGAGGUGGGCCUGUGAGUUGGAGGUCCAAGAAGCAGUCUGAGACGGCACUAUCUUCAGUGGAAUCUGAGUACAUGGCGAUGUUUCAUGCGGCAAAAGAAAUCAUCUGGCUAAGGAGGCUCUUGAAGGAGAUCGGCCAUGAACAGACUUGUGCAACACCUCUGUUCAGUGAUAGCAAGGGAGCCAUUGCCAUGGCACGCAAUGCAGUUCUUCAUGGGUUGAACAAGCAGAUGAGGAUCAAGUGGCAUUGGCUGCGGAAGGAGGUGAAGCUUGGGACACUGGAUCCGAUCUACGUGAAAACUCAGCAACAGCCAGCCGACUUCCUUACCAAGCGGCUAGCUGAAGAGCCACACUGGCGCUGUGCGAGGAUGGCGGGAAUGUCCUUGAACUAGAGACGGCGAAACAAGCCGACAGUCUGAGGGGGAGUGUGUUGGUGCAUAUUCAUUUGCACGUCAUCCUGUCAUCUGUUCGCAUCAUUUCGUUUGCA